AGUCUGGGACGGGACACCCCAAGCGCAGCAGCUUCUCUAACUGCCUCCUGUCCAACUGCAGCUGAUGCUGCCAACCUCUGGAAACCUACACACGCCGCUACAGACUCCCAGAUCAUCUCACAUCAUUUUAUGAGAAGUGCAUCUGCCACACGGACUACGAUAACAGCAACCAAAGCAGGCUAACGGCGUGUUAGCGGCGAUGGCGGGAGCGGCUCCAGCUCCUGCGGCCAACGGCCCCGUUGCCAAGACGACCAACAGCUCGGUUACCAAGGCGAAGAAGAGCAGCGCUGCCGGGGCGACCACAACGGACAACAAGACCAAAGCUAACACAGGUCGGCGUGCCUCAUCUAAAGACCCCUCUUCCUCCUCCUCCUCUUCCUCUCGUCCGCGCUCCUCUCGCUCGGCGGGGGGCAAGAAGACCGCGGGGAUGGGCGGGGCCGACGGCGUCCAACCGAAACGCUCGAGAGGCCCGGGGGCGGGGCCAGGAGGAGGCCGCACCAGCAGGCAUCAGCAAUCUGAUUGGGCCCUGGGCGAGGGGGCGGAGCUGGAGGGGCGUGUCCAGGAGCUGCUGGGCGUGGCCAAAAGCAAAGACGCCGAGAUCUCGAAACUCAGGGCAGAGCUCCAGGAGCUGCGGCUGCAGCUGGGGCUCCCAUUGGAGGAGCCAGAGCAGGGGGAGGAGCCUCAGAGGGCCGAGGGCCAAUGGGGAGUCAGCAGUGAGGUGGAGUCCACUCUGCUCCUCUUGACGGAACAGAACCGAACCAUCCGAGCAGAACUGGACACUCUGACCAGCCAGAACCGCAUGCUGAAGACCCGCCUCAACGCACUGGGCUUCUCACUGGAGCAGCAGCAGCAGCAGCAGCAGAGCCUGGACCAAUCAACAGCCCCGCUCAGCCCUGAUCCCGCCUCCUCGGUUGGCCUGGCCGUGCCAUUGGUCGGCUCUGCGGAGGGAUCCGCCCCCGGCUCCAUGGAGGACCUUCUGAUUGGCCAAGAGCAACGCAGCGGCUCAUUGGACAACCUGGACAGCGAAUCUAGCGAGGUGUACCAGGGUGUGACCUCCAGUGAUGACGCUCUGGAUGCUCCAUCAGGAUGCUCCUCAUCAGAAGAGUCCGACGGUGUGUGUGUGAAGGUGGCGUGCCUGACGGAGCGUCUGCAGGUGAUGGAGGAGCAUCAGCAUUCUACUGCCGAGGAACUUCAGGCCACAAUACAGGAACUACAGGAACUAGAACUCAUCACACAGGAACUCAACGGGGAGAACGAACGCCUGGGAGAGGAGAAGGUCUUGCUGAUGGAGUCUCUGUGUGACCAAAGUGAUCGUCUGGAGUCUUGCGGCCGAGAGAUCGAGUAUCUGCGAUCCCUAUUGGACGAGACCGGAGUUCCAUACGCCGUCGAGGAAGACAUACGCAGCGGACGCUACAUGGAGCUCGAGCAGAGGUAUAUCCACAUGGCUGACAGUGCUCGGUAUGAGAGAGAGCAGCUGUUGGGGGUUCAGCAGCAUCUCAGCAACACACUCAAGCUGGCGGAGCAAGACAACGCAGACGCACAAGGAGUCAUACAGGCUUUAAAGGAGCGUAAUAUUCAGAUGGAACGUGUUGCGGAGCAGGAGAGGGAGGGGCGAGUUGCCGUGACGACCGCUCUGGAGGAGUGGAGAUUGGCUGUUGGAGACGAGAGGGAGGAGCUAGCACGGUGUCGAGUGCAGCUUGAGAAAGAGCGCCACACGGUGGCCGAACUCUACGCUCUUCACAGCUCUGCUGAGGUGACUCAGAUACGCCACCUGCUGGACACGGCACGCCACGACAAGGAGGCCGCGCAGAGACACGAACACACACUUCAGGAACAGCUCUCACACACACACACCGAGGUGGCACGCCUUACAGAGACACUCGCCAAGUUGCAGAGUGAGUACCGUGCGUUCCAGGCCGAUGUGUCCUCCCAGCUGGCGGAGACGAGUCGUUCCUGUGAUGUCCAGCGGGGGGCGCUGGCGAGUCGUGAGCAGCAGCUGCAGCUCCUGAAGGAGAACACGUACGAACUGGAGGACGAGCUGGAGCAGCACCGAGCCGUCAAGCUGCACGAUGACCUGGUCAUAGCAGAACUACAGAGUUCUGUGAAGAAGCAUCAGGAUCAGAAGCAGCUGAUGGAACGAGAAAUCAAGAUACUACACAGACGCCUACGGGAGGAGAGUGCGGAGUGGCGUCAGUUCCAGGCUGAUCUGCAGACGGCGGUGGUGAUCGCUAACGACAUCAAGUCGGAGGCCCAGGAGGAGAUCGGGACUCUACGGCGCCGCCUGCAGGACGCCAUCGGGAACAACGACAAACUCAACAAGCAGCUGGACCACGUGAAGAACCACAAGUACACAUCUGUGUGUGUGUGUGUGCGUGUGUGUGUGUUUGUGUGUGUGUGUAGAGAGGAGCGUAAGGACCCGUUGUGUGCGUUGGCUCGUGAGUACGGAGGAUCCAAGAGGAACGCUCUACUGAAGUGGUGUCAGAAGAAGACUGAGGGAUACCAGAAUAUCGACAUCACCAACUUCAGCAGUAGCUGGAGUGAUGGCUUGGCCUUCUGUGCUGUGCUGCACACCUACCUCCCUGCACACAUCCCCUACGGCCAACUGGACAACACGGACAAGAGGCGGAAUCUGACUCUGGCGUUCCAGGCAGCUGAGAGUGUCGGAAUCAAAUCCACACUGGAUAUGAAUGAGUUGGUCCACACGGAGCGUCCUGAUUGGCAGAGCGUCAUGCUGUACGUCACGGCCAUAUACAAGUACUUCGAGACCUGAUGACAUCACUAAACUCCGCCCCUAACCCCGCCCCUAUGUGACGUCACGGCCAUAUACAAGUACUUCGAGACCUGAUGACAUCACUAAACCCCGCCCCUAACCCCGAUAUACAAGUACUUCGAGACCUGAUGACAUCACUAAACCCCGCCCCUAACCCCGAUAUACAAGUACUUCGAGACCUGAUGACAUCACUAAACCCCGCCCCUAUGUGACGUCACGGCGAUAUACAAGUACUUUGAGACCGGAUAACGUCACCAAACCACGUCCCUGGCCCCGCCUCCACAUCGCCAUUUACUUUGAGAUGUGACAUCAUGUGACUCCUCCCUCCGCAUGUGAUGUCACGAUCCCCACUCCAAUGACAUCGCUCCCCAUCUGACCCCUCCCUCUUCAAAAACUUUGAGGCGUGACGUGAUGAUGUCACAACAACACCCUCUCCUGACUCCUCCCCCAAACCGGGACCAAAUCACAUAUGGACCUAUUAAAUCACACACACAGCGUUACCUUGGAGACAGAUGGACCAAUCACACAACACUACCUUGGAGACAUAUGGACCAAUCACACAUGGCUACCAUGGCGACAUAUGGACCAAUUAUAUUCGCACACGGCUACCUGGAUGAGCUGUGGUCCAAUAAGAAUCUUUUUAAUGAUCAUCUUUUUUUAAGUGGAUCUCAGUAGACGACAAACUGAUCUGCCUCUGCUAAGGUGCCAUUGCAGCAUGCUAACGCUAGCUACAUCCAUUAAUGCUAAUGCUAGCUACAUAUGCAAUUGCAGCAUGCUAACGCUAGCUGCAUCCAUUAAUGCUAAUGCUAGCUACAUAUGCCAUAGCAGCACGUUAAUGCUAGCGCUAGCCUCAUGUGCCAUUGCAGCAUGCUAAUGCUAGCUACAUCCAUUAAUGCUAACGCUAGCUGCAUAUGCCAUAGCAGCACGUUAAUGCUAUCACUAGCCUCAUGUGCCAUGGCAGCAUGUUAGUGCUAAUGCUAACACAGGUUUCAUGUACCAUUUCAAUACAUCAUGCUAACGCUAGCUACAUGUGCCAUUGCAGCAUGUUACUGCUUUCACUAGCUUCAUGUACCAUUUCAGUACGUCAUGCUAACGCUAGCUACAUACAUUAAUGCUAAUGCUUACACUAGCUUCAUAUACCAUUUCAGUACAUCAUGCUAACGCUAGCUACAUACAUUAAUGCUAAUGCUUACACUAGCUUCAUGUACCAUUUCAGUACGUCAUGUUAACGCUAGUAUCAUGUGCCAUUGCUAGCAUGAUAAUGGUUACAUUAGCCUCAUGUGGCCUUUGCAAGCAUGCCAACGCUAGCCACAUGUGCCAUUGCAGUUUGUCAUGCUAACACUAUCUACAAUCGCUAUUGUAGCCUGUGAACGCUAAUAGUAAUACUAGCCUCAGGUGCCAUUGCAUCAUGCUAACGCUAGCCACGUGUGCCUUUACAGCAUGUUAAUGCCAACACUAGCUAAUGUGCCAUUGCUGGUACGUCAUGCUAAAGCUAGCCAUAUGUUAGCGUUAGCCUCAUGUGCCAUUGCAGCACGUCAUGCUAACACUAGCCAUAUGUUAGCGUUAGCCACAUGUGCCAUUGGAGCCCCAUGUAAUGCGGUGUAAACAGCAUGCUUACACAUAACGCUAACCUACACAUGCCUGCCUACAGUUUGGCAACUCUAAUCACACAUGCCAACAUUAUGAUAAGACUACCACACUUACUUGCAGCACACUUACUUACACUUACGCCACCACUGGCUCUGUCCUGUUAGAAGGAACUGAAGUAGCGGAACUAAUGUGUAAUGUGCAAUGUGAUGGAACUUAUUGCAAUGUAACACUUGAACAUAUGCAUUAACUUCACACACACACACACACACACACACACACACACACACACACACACACACACACACACACACACACACACACGUCACAUCAUCACUGUUGAGGCUGUGAGUGAGCUCAACAACGAUGCUUGCCUUACACACAUUAAAACGCACACACACACAUACACACACACAUACUCACAGCACUGCCUUUACAGAUGCGGACAAGGCCAACUCCUCUACGUUUUGUAUGUUCGCAGUAUACAGUAUAUAUCUUUUUUUUAACUAUUUUGAAGAAUAAAUGAU